AUGACGAUGGAAGCCGAGAUAGUUGCUGACCGACGACUUCUCAGCGUUGUCACGGCCUUCUAUCUGCACUCGGAGUGGAACAGCUCGUGGCCCGGCGACUUCCACGACGAGGUCGACAUGGAGUUUCUCGGCGAGCGCUUCUCAAGUGACGUGAUUCUGCAGACCAACUGGUACGGCCAGGGCGUCGGCGGCCACGAGGAGCGCCUCAAGCUCUGGUUCGACCCGGCGGCGGACUACCAUCACUACGCGUUCCAGGUCAAUCCUGACUGCAUUCGUUGGUUCGUCGACGGGAUUCUGAUUCGCGAGGCGUGCAAGGCGGCGGUGGGGAACGACCCGUUCCCCUCAUCGUCGAUGUUUCUGGUCGCGUCGCUGUGGGACGGGAGCUCGUGGGCGACGCAGUACGGCGCGCUGAAGAUCGACUGGGCGCACGCGCCGUUCCGCGCCGGGUUUCACGGGCUGUAUGUGGACGGGUGUUACUGGCGACAGAUGGACGAGAAGGAUCCGCCGGCUUGCGCGCAGACGCGCGGGAAUCGCGACUGGCAGCCGACGUGGGAGAAGGGGGUGGAGGAGAAGGAUUACGUGCUGCUGCGACACACGCAGGCGCAUUAUCUGACCUACUCGUACGCGCUUGACAAGACGAGGAAGCCGUUCAAGCCUAAACGGACUGCUGAAGCGACGGUCGUAGAAGCGACGGCAGGAGAGAGAGGUAGUCAAACGGAGCAGACGACGACAGCAGCGGCGACGGAGGGACACCAAGGCGGAGUGAAAGGAGGAGCCAAGGAUGGGAAGCUUCGUGGGCGAAGAGGGCCGGGGAAACGACUAAGCGCCCAGGGGAGAUGA